GUCUGCAUGCUCGCGUUCAUUCGUGAGGAUGAUCUCACAAGUGAAUAACUUGAAAUUUUUCCCUGGAAGCUCGACGUCGGACUUUUACAAUUAAUGUAAUCUGAGAUAGAUCUCGCUUUCUUCAUUCGAUUUGGACAAGUUCUGAUAACGAGUGAUAAUAGUGGCCGACAUUCACUAAUCAACUCUUUUGCUAACUCCUUGUGGUUGGCUACCUCCAUUAGUGUAUUCUUCUCGCCCUCACCGGUAAGCAAAUUCGAAAUCUCCAUCUCAAAUCACGGAGCUUCAGAAGAAGCCAAUAAAGUGCCCGUAUAAAGUGGCUGGAUUCAAUAUAUCUAGAUUUAGUGAUCGCGUCGAUAUCGGCAUCAUGCAACUGUUUUGCUGCCAGCAAUAUCCAUCCGAGUCCAAUGGAAUAUCAUCAUCGACACCGAAAGAAGCGGAGCAAAAUAAUUAUGACGCCAACUGUGGGGAUGAUGAGAUACCAAACGAUUUUCCGGAGAUCGACCACAUUAGUCUGUACACCUUGCGCAUUUAUGCUAUUUUAGGAAUCCCAAUGCUACUUUCCGCUUGUUUUACAAUGAGUUACGUUUUCACCGCUGGGACUGUCAGUUACAGGUGUCUACUAACAGAAUGCGAAGAUCCUGUAAACACGACACUGUAUCCCACCUGGUUGACAACAGCGGUUCCCUACGCUGACGGUGUAUCGGAAACCUGUACGCGAUAUACUGUACAAAAUAUCACAGAUUCGUGUUCAACGACUGUGUUUACAAAUGAAACCGAAAGCUGUGAUGCCUGGAUCUAUGAAAGCGAGAAGCUCACCAUUCUCAACGAAUGGGACCUCACCUGUGAUGCAAAUCUAUGGAAGUUAUCGUUGCCGGGAACAAUCAACAAUGUUGGACAAUUCUCCGGAUUGAUAUAUUCCGGUUAUGUAUCAGACAGGUUUGGCAGACGUAAUCUCUUGGUACUUGCCACUACGAUGUCCACGAUACUGGGAUUAAUUCGGUCCUUUUCCCUCAAUUACGGGAUGUUCAUCAUCUUUGAGUUUCUUGACGCGAUGGCUGGCGCAGGCCUGUACAGCUCUGCAUUUAUUUUAGGAAUGGAGUUUGUUGGACCGAAGAAAAGAGUUUUCGUCAGCAUUGUCAUGUGCUGUAUGUACCCGCUCGGAGAAGUCUUCAUGGCGUUGUGUGCUAUGUGGAUUCGAUCUUGGCGUCAUCUCAUUUGGGCACUCUAUAUACCGGGAUUCAUCGCAGUAUCCAUACCAUUCAUAGUUCCAGAAUCUGUGAGAUGGCUACUGAGCAAGGGUAGAGGAGAUGAAGCGGAGAGCGUGUUACGAACAAUCGCAGUCAAGAAUGGCGUCGAAGUUACACAAGAAUCAAUCGAUUUAAUCAAGAAUACGGCGAAAAAAAAUCAGAUAGAGAACGUUGUCUUACAGAAAAAAGGAGCAGAAUCAAAACCGUCAGGCAUUUCGGCGCUGAGACAAGUUCUUCGCGAAAGGGUAUUGUUGCUUCGUUUGAUGGCCUGUGCUUUCGGCUGGAUCACCAACACCUUGGUGUAUUACGGCCUUUCGCUACAGUCGGUAACGGUAGCAGGGGACCAAUACCUGAACUUCAUUUUGGUGGCUUUGGUGGAGAUUCCGGGUAACUUGGCUUGUUGGGCCCUGGUAGACUACAUGGGGCGAAAGCCAAUCCUUAGCGGUUCGUUUUUCCUGAGCGGUGUCUUCUGCAUCUUGGCAAUUUUCGUUCCUGAAGACUGGUGGUAUCUAACGCUAAUCGUUUUCCUGGGAGGCAAGUUCAGCAUCACGAUAGCCUUCAGCACGAUUUACGUUUAUACCACAGAGAUGUUCCCCACACCGUUCCGACACUCUUUACUUGGAUUUUGCAGCAUGAUCGCUCGUAUUGGAUCAAUGAUAGCACCGCAAAUGCCCUUGCUGGCAACAUAUAUGGCGUCGCUACCGAUGCUGGUUUUCGGAGCCGUCGCCUUGGUAGCCAGCAUUUUGUCUUUGAGUUUUCCGGAAACCGCUGGGAUCAAGCUUCCGGACACGAUAGAGGAGGCAGUUGUAAUCGGCAAGCUGAAAAAGAAACCUAAAUCAAAUCCCUCCUCCGAUCGACUACGUCACGUUGUGCAGUCACGCGGUAUUCGACCGGGCAUCGCAAAGCAUUUACAAUCAGUUUCAAGCCUUGUAACGAUGGAUUUUGACGAGGUUUUAGAGGAGCUCGGCGAGCUGGGAAAGUUUCAGAUAAUCAAUUACUUUUUGAUUUGCUUGCCGGUGUUUUUCAGUGCUGCUAACAGCUUAUCUUACGUGUUCGUUGCAGGAGUACCGGAUUACAGGUGCUACAUAGAGGGGUGCGAUGACCGGAGUACACCAGACUAUUCAGCAGCCUGGGUGAACCAGACCAUUCCUGAUCUCGAAUAUGAGACGGAGACAGCCAAUGCCGUAUACGUUCCCAGCCAAUGCAGCAUGUAUCUUAUGCAAAAUUCGACAGUCGGUCAAUUUGAUGUCAACGAUACGUGUCCGUUCAACUUUUCGACAGAUACAAUUGUUCAGUGCAACGAGUGGAUCUUUGAUCCGGAAGAUUGGACCAUCGUCGGCGAGUGGAACCUCACCUGCCAAUCGAACCUGUGGAAACUUUCUCUGAUCGGCACUGUCCACUUUGCUGGAAUAUUUUGUGGUUCAACUAUUUUCGGAAUGCUUGCUGACAGAUUCGGUAGAAAGCUAAUGUUUAUUACAAGCAUCAUGAUGAUGACCAUCACUGGCAUUGGGCAAGUAUUGUCCGGUUCUUACAACGUCUUCAAUGUGUUCGUCUUUUUAAACGCUGUCGGAACUGCCGGGAUAUAUCCCCUCGCGUUUAUACUGGGCGUCGAAUUGGUGGGAAAAAGGAAGCGAGAACUUUGUGGAAUCGUCCUGAAUUACUUCUAUGCACUGGGCGAGGCAGCUGUCGCCCUUUUUGCCUGGUGGUUUGGCUCCUGGCGUUUGUUACAGUUGGCGGUGUCGGGACCAGCGGCUAUUUUUUUGUGCUACUACUGGCUCGUACCAGAAUCAGUGCGCUGGCUACUAGCGAGAAAUGAAAACGACAAAGCCAAGUCCAUAGUUUCGACAGCUGCCAAGACCAACAAGGUUGUUCUUUCGUCACGCAUCAUGGAGUCCAUGGAGAAGAUUUCGGGCGGCGCUAAAACUCCGGCGAAGGAUCCUCAGCUGCUGAAGAUGCUGGGUUUGGCUUUUCACUCCAGAGUGCUCGUCACGCGAAUUUCAGUAAUGUUUUAUGUUUGGGCCGCUACUGCCUUUGUCUACUAUGGUUUGUCGGUAAACAGCACUAGCCUUUCCGGGGACAAAUACCUGAACUUUGCUCUGGUCUGCCUCGUUGAAAUUCCUGGUUACACACUCGCCCUGUAUGCCUUGCCACUAUUCGGUCGACGAAGGGCUCUAAUAUUAAGUUUGCUGAUCUGCACCGUGACGUGUGCCGCGGCAGCCUGGCUUUUCAGGACAUCUACUUCCUUGUAUUGGGUUGCAACAGUAAUGUUUCUGAUCGGAAAAUUAGCAAUCACAGCAGCGUUUGGCAUUCUUUACGUUUAUACUGCAGAAUUGUUCCCCACUGCGGUCAGGAGUUGUGCGGUUGGCCUCAGCUCGACGAUGGCUAGGGUUGGCGCCAUGGUUGCUCCCUUCGCACCGAUGCUCUCUACAGUGACACCGGGACUGCCAUUGAUAUGUUUCGCGGCUGCCCCUUUAUUCGCAGCCAUCCUGACUGCCCUUCUACUUCCUGAAACCAGAGGACGCCGGCUCCCCGAUACCGUUCGCGAAGCUGAGGCGAUAUAACGUUAAUUCUAAUUAGUCUUCGAACAAUUCUUAUAUUUGAUUGUUUCGUACAAAAACUAUACUGUACGGCGAACAAUAGAAGCGAAUUCUUCCGUAUUAUUCACGUCACGACUCAAGUAUACUUAUUAUCGUUACUGAUUGUUGCCUGAUAUUAUUCUAGGAAUAACUUAUAGGAAAACAAUUCAAUUCAGAAUUUUCCUUUCCAAUUUACGAUCGUGAUAGCAAACGUCUUUGAAUAAUGUCUCGAAUGACCCGGUAGUAUUUUCAUUAGAAUUUCUUCACUGUCAGUGAUCACAAUGAUUGAUCUAGUCGGUAUAAAAUUUUUUAAAACGUACGGUUUGUAAGUAGGACUCAUAACCACACUUCAUGGACUUGAAAUUACGAACUCCAGAAACUAGGUGCAUCUCAGAUUCUUUCCAAAUCAAAAUCGGAAUGAUGAAAUUUUUCAUCUGCAUCUACGUUCAUCUGCACAUCGCACAGGCAUAUAAUAUGAUCAGUAAUUAUCUGCACCUAGUAAUUACUUGAAUGGUACAAAAGAUUCGAUUGACAAGCGAUAGUUUGUGGGCGUGUUAAGUCAUUAUAUAAUUCACUUAUUCAGAAUGACAAGUGAAAUUUCGUACCGUACAAUUAAUAAUAUUCAUGUCAUGUGUAGUUGUGACCAAUAUUUGUAAGCCAUUGGUGUAAUAAUGGUUGAAAUGACCGUGCGAUUCUAUACCACUGCGAUUUACAAUCAGUAACGUUAACAAUACAUGUAAUGCACCAUU